GCUGGUCUGCCAGCAGCCUGAGCCCUGCUUCUGUCCAUAGUCAGGCAUGGCAGCGGCCCGUGUCUGAGACAGGGGCAUUAGCCCAGGAGGGAGGGGACGGGGGGCAAGAGGAUCAGACCUAGAGAGGUCGAGGGAAAUUUAAGUAAAUAAAUAAAUAACUUUAAAAAGGCCGGGGGGGGGAGGUCCCUGGAAGGAAAAUUCCCCUGGAAAUUGCUAUUCGAUGGAGUGUGCAGCUGAGCUGGGCUUGUGGGAAGAAGAUCGAGCAGCCUGGAUUGAUUUUAACUGUUUUCUUAGUAACUCGCAAGGUGAAGAAGAGAAACUUAUUUGAGCCCAUUGGCUCAAGUCAUUAGAUCUAUUUGGGGGAAAAAAACAGCUUUAUAUUUGAAUGAGAAGGUAACUGCAUAAGAUACCGGGCAGGAGUUUAAGUCGGGGGGCAAUGGCUCUGAUCAGCUUGUUAGAAUUGGCUGACCUCUCCAUAGGGACGCCAGAGAUCGGGGUGGUCAAUUUUAAUGCCCUCCACACUUUGCUCCAUGCCAUCAUUAGACAACUCAACCUGCAGGAUAUCAAAACAGAGAUGCUUGAUGAGAAACCUAAGCCCCUGGAACCUGUGCCUUUGCAGGAGAAAGAGACGAAGGGCCAAUGCGAUGCAUCAGAAGACUUGCCCUAUGCUGACUUAGAGAAGAAGGUCAUUGGGGUGGCUGCUCAGGUGCCUGGCAUGGAGGCCAAGGUGGUUGGGGUGGCGACUCAGGUGCACGGAGUGGAGGCUCAGGUCCAUGGAAUAGGGGAACAAGUUCAAGGACUUGAGAAGCAAAUGGCUGCCCUGGAAAAAUUGCCUUCUGGGACAGACUUGCUGGAGAGGACCAAGAGCGGCUCUCCGAAUGGAUCUGCGGUGGCUGACAUGUGGCAAAUGAUGCAGAUGAAGAAAAAGAUAGAAGCUAAUGAGAAUGGGAUCUCCAAGGCCAUGGCUCUGUUCCAGGAUCUGCUGAAUGAGGUCAAUGACAUGAAGUUGGCUAAUUUCCAUAUGAACGAGGACCUCCAAAACAUCAAGGAGAAACUUGACUUGAAUUUACAACUGGAUACCCAGGAGAUUGGCAAUCGACUGCAGACCUGCAUCGCUGAUCAGAAGAACUUGGAUAGUGAUAUGAGGAACCUAGAGCGAAGGAUAAACCUCUAUCCUUCCCCUGAAGAAAUGUAUAACAUGGUGCGCUGGGAAGUUCUGGAGGACUGUCUUGUGACAGGCAAAGACAAGAGCCCACCCACUGAAGCCCAGUCUGGGGAUCCCAGCCUAGGCCAGCCCUCUCCAGCCGAGCAACCAGCUUCAGUUAUGGACACCCAAACCAGAAAACCCUCCGCAACCUGGGCAGGGGCUCCAGGGAGCCAACCUGACUCUCCCAGCAGCAGACCUGGUACUCCAGGGAUGCAGGAAGGGACCAGGGCAGGCAUGCCAGUGGUCCAGCCAGCAGCCCAGGCAGGCACUCCUGGAACUAGGGCAGGCACACCAGAAGCCAAAGCAAUCACUCCAGCAACCCAGCCAGGCUCCCCCAGGACCCAGCCAGGCUCCCCCAGGACCCAGCCAGGCUCCCCCAGGACCCAGCCAGGGGCCCAGCCAGGCAUCCCAGGGGCCCAGCCAGGCAUCCCAGGGGCCCAGCCAGGCAUCCCCGGGGCCCAGCCAGGGGCCCAGCCAGGCAUCCCCGGGGCCCAGCCAGGCAUCCCCGGGGCCCAGCCAGGGGCCCAGCCCGGGGCCCAGCCAGGCUCGCCCGAGGCCCAGGUAGGCUCCCCCGGGGCCCAGGCAGGUGCUCCAGGAAUCCAGCCGAGCUUCCCUGGCACCUGGCCCAGUUCCCCAGGGACCCAAGUGGGGCCUCCUGGAGCUCCAGCGAUCCAGGCAGGCUACCUGGGGAUCCCAGCAGGCGCUUCAGCAUUCCAGCCCACAUCACCUACAGCAGGUCCCUCAGCUCUAGCAGCCCAGCUUGCAGUUCCACCUGGACCUUACUCUGCCGUUACAUCCCCGGCAUCACCUUUACAAGAGAAGGACAAACGCCUAACCUCAUCCACCCCACGAGAGUCCUCCGGCUCCAGCAGUGCCUCCAGCCGCUACUCAGAUACCGUGGAAGCGCUGCGCCAGAUCAGGCAGCUGAGUGACCUCUACACUGCCUUGAAGGAGCAAAUAAACUACCUGGAGCAAUUCAAAUGUAGCCACGCCGACCUCGACAAGCUGCGACAAUUCCUCUCGGAUGCAGUCCCUAAGAACCUCUCCAGCAUGCCUGCUGACCUCAUGGACCAGCUGUCUUCCCUGAAGGCCACGGCAGAAGACAUGAAAGAUGUAAAGGCCAAGGUAAGGAAGCUACAGAAUGUCCUUGAAGCAGAGGUGGCAACAGAAGCAGAUCAGAAAGUGGAGGGAUCCAGUCAGAUUAACCUGCAGUUAGGUUACCUCAGAUCGACAGUGCACGACAUAGAGAAAGAGCUGCAGGAGCUGAGGGAGCAGCAGGAUCACGGCAAGGCCAAGCUGGAGCAGUCAGUGACUGACACAGCCCUCUACCUGCAGGAACAGUUAGACAAGCUUAGAUCUGUCAUAGAGAACAUGAUGGCCUCCUCCUCCACCUUGCUAUCCAUGAGCAUGCCCACUAGCCCGGAGCCUGGGGAGGCAGCGCUGCAUGGCACAUGCCCGGCCUGCAGCCUUGACGUCAGCGAGCAGGUUAGCGAGCUGUUCAAACGCUACGAACAGCUGCAGGAUUUAAUUAGCAGCUUCAUGAGGAGGCAUGCGGAAAGCAAGCCAGCAAAGAGGCCGCAGCUGAGGAGCCAGGACGAAGAGCUGCUGAGUCGCAUCCAAAACACCAUCCUCCAGGUGCAAGGAGACUGCGAGAAUCUCAAUGCCACCACAGGGAACCUCAUAGAAGACCAUCGGCAGAAACAGAAAGAUAUCGCUCUUCUCUUCCAGUCGCUGGAGAAGUUGGAAAAGGAGAAAGCAGACAAGGAGCAUCUGGAGACAGAAAUUGACGUGAAAGCAGACAAGAUCGCUCUGGCUGGCAAAGUCAGCUGCUCCCAGUUUGAUGCCACCACGGAGCAGCUGAAUAAGAUGAUGCAGGAUCUGGUGAACAAGAUGAGCGGGCAGGAGCAGGACUGGCACAAAGUGCUCGACAAAAUCUUGGUGGAGAUGGACUCCAAGCUGGAUCGCCUGGAAUUAGAUCCCUUCAGACAGCAGCUGGAAGAACGUUGGAAGGCCAUCCGGAAACAGCUGAAGGAGAGGUCUCCCCAGUAUGAAGCAAAAGAUGCUGCUGGAGUUAGGAAAAGACUGAUGGCUCAUUUCCACUGCAUUUCCUGCGACAGACCUCUGGAAAUGGUGGUGCCUGGCCCGACCAUCAUGACCGUACCCUCCGUGCCGGGGUUACCUUCUCACCGCUCCAUCCGGCCCUACACCGUCUACGAACUGGAGCAAGUCAGGCAGCACACCCGCAGUCUGAAGUUAGGGCUUAGCCCCUACCCUCACUUGGAUGCGCUCCAGCUGGAGAAGAGUGCGGGCCUUGGCAAGCUGCGCAGCAUCCACUCCAAGAUGCUCAUGGACAUAGAGAAGGUGCAGAUCCACUUCGGGGGCUCAGCGAAGGCUAGCAGUCAGAUGAUCAGGGAGAUAAUGCAGUCGCAGUGUCUCAGCCCAGGCCGGUAUAACAAACGUGACAAGAUGGCGGAGAUGGCGGAAUAUGGUUACCUGUCCAUGCCUCGGCGCUGCGGUGGCAGCCACACCCUCACCUACCCCUACAGGCGCUACACACGGCUGCAGCAAAUCGCCCAGUGUGUGCCAGUGCAUCCCGAGGAGACUGCCAUGCUGACAGUGAUGAAGCAUGAAGAGGUGGAUAUCCUGGGCCUGGAUGGACACAUCUACAAAGGGCGGAUGAACACUCGGCUCCCAUCAAUUUCAGUCAAGGAAGGUCCUUUGAAGACCAAACCCAAGCUCUCCCGGUCUUCAUCACAACGGCAGUCAACCCUGAUGGACACAGCCGGCCUCCCAGCACGCCCACAGAGCGCCAAACUGUCUUCCCACAGCAAUUCAGGUACAGCUAGGUCGCUAAAGGACAGGCCUGUGUCAUCAGAGGGUCGACUGUCCCGGGUGGACCUGACCCAUCUAUCAACCUCAACAUCUCCCCCUGGGGAGGCAAGAGAGGAUUCUCCCAUGCAGGAGAAAGAAACCCUAGAGCUUCACCUGGACCUUUCCAUGCGCCGGCGAUCAGCUGAGCAGUUACAAUGACUGCAAUGGCAGAAAAUCAGCGCUUGCUGACGGAAGCCAAGCAAUAAAGAGUGAGCAGAACAGAGAGGAGGCUGUGUAAAUGUGUCGUGGCGACAGGAACAGGGAGCUUUUUGUGCGGUGCCUGCGGCAAACAGGACCCAGGGCUGUUCCACGCAGCAGCACUGUUAAAAGGAGGAGGUGGGCAGCACGUUCAUUCGUAAAAACAAUUCGUCCCUGGCCUUUGCAAAUCCUCCCCUCGCUGCUGCUAGCUUUGCCUGAGUAGAUUUUGCAAAUACCAGAUCUUCUGCAUAAGCCAGUAUGACACUGGCUCAUUUCAGCCCCCAGGGAACUUGUACUGUCCUUCGUAUCACAGAGCCUGACACACCUCAUGUGUGCGAAGGGGGAUCUCUGAAACCAGACUAUGGUUGACUUGUUUGAGUGAAACGCACCAGGGCAGAAUGCAGCCCAAAGUUCUCCCCCCACGGCCAACUGUCCUCCUCAGUGGAGAGCUGUAGCUCACCACAGGCCCUAAGUAGCUACUUGGAAAGCUGCAUGCUGGGAUCUGUAGUCUUCAUAAGCUGCACCUUAGUACUGAAGAGGAGGGUAGGCUACAGUCUGCUCUAUUCUGUACACCUUGGCGGUGACCCUUGGGGAGCCCCCUAGCGAACAACUAGUGCGGCCCUCAUGCGGGAAAAGCCUGAGCUCCGUGACAAGUAAGGACUGGUCCCUCUAGAAGUCAAAUCAGGGUUUGUGGGGCAGGCAGAGAAGGGAUUGUGCACCAGGGUAGCUGCCUCCCCUCUGCCCUUUCCCAACCCCUUCCCACCGUGCUUGAUCCAGCAUGGGCUUCUUGCAGCUGUGCUCAGACUGGAGUUGGCAAGAGAGGUUUUAAAGCAAGGGGCUACGUGCUUUUGGUGACUGCUGUCUUUCCUACAGCAGGGCAGUGCCUGAGCUCCAGGAGUCAUUAGAAAAGAAUCUGUUGCUCUGUCGUUUCCUCAUCCGAUGCACACAAAGGCCUCUCUGAUCAGAACUGCUCUUUUCCCCCACACAGGUUUUUGCUUCCUGGAACGCCUGGCCCUCGGAUUGGGGGACCAGGCGAAGGGCGCCCGCCCCAACUAAUAUAAUCUAAACUGCCCAGCCCUUUUUCUUUUGUCGGUGAGGAGGAAGGGAGGGAGCAAGGUGAUAGUGCUGAGUGAUUUGAGGAGGACGGGUGGCCUGUGGAUAAGGCACAAGACUGAAUGUCAAAGCCAGGUUCAAUUCUUAGCUCUGCCACUGACUCACUGUGUGACCUUGGGUGGACCCCUCCGCUCCUGUAUGCCUUCAUUUCCACCAUCUGUAAAAGUCCCUGUUGUGAGGUCUACUUCAUCCAUGCAUGAAGCAACUUGAGAUCCCUUGAUCUGUGGAGCUGUACAAAUGCAAAGGAAUACUAUGAAGGGUUAAAAAUAAUUCCAAAGCCGGGGAGACAGAUGUCUAGAAAACAGACAGGCAAACCCCACCCUUUAAUCCUCCUGGCUUGCAUCUAGGUUCUUGCACUAUUGUCCCCAUUCCUUGAUUCAGUCUCAUGCACUUUGUGCCUGCUGCAUUUAACCUAGCUGCCUGUUUUUCAUUUUCAUCCUCUCAAUGGCUCUGGUGCUAGUUUGAUCCUCAUUUGGAGCUAGCAUAGAGAGAGAGAGGACUCUUAUUCCACUUGCUUUAAUGCUGCCUUAGAGUGCCUUGGACUGCCCUAGCACAACGAGAUAAACCAAAGUCCAGAGUGCAGGCGGCGGGUAGCAUUUCGUAGUCAAGGAAGGGCUGAGCAGUAAAGAUGCCACGAUGCAGCUUGAUUUCAAUUCUCUGCUCACUCACACCUUUUGUAUGUCCAGCAAAGCCAGAAGGCUUUCACUGGGGUGAGGGACAGCAGGUUUCAGCAGGCUGUGUUUAGAAAACUGUCAGUGUAACCAAUACUAGACAGGUCACAUGGCACAAUUAUUGUGUAAGUCCUCCUAACUGGGUUAGUAAUUACAUAGGCUUUGAUUAAUGCCCUGUAGCUACUUCCUUGCAUGCUCCCAACAUUGUUUUGUCAUUACACUUGGCCGAUGGCAUCUGUGGUGUGAUGUAGAUAUCAGAAAUCAUCACACGCUUGCAAUGUAACAUUGCCUGCCACCAACCCUGCAAAUAACCAAGACACACUCCCAGUGAAUACAUGGCACAUGCUGUAAUGCCACUUGCCAAGUUACUAAAUGGCCAUCCCCUGGCACUUGUCUUAUGAACAUCUUGCCACUACUUGUUCUGUCAAAGUUGUUAACCUGUAAAUAUCCUGCUGCUGCAGUGCUUGCCCCUGUGAUGAUGGUGGAUACUUCCCAUGAGGAGGGACAGUUCAGGACCAUUGUUCCUGCAUUCUGAAAGCUCCUGCCAGUGCACAACGAAAGCAACAGUGUUUCUAUGAGGGGAAAACUUAAAUUAAAUUUAUAGUAUGGGCUGGCUCCAGCUCCCAUUACAGUCGAUGGCAAAACCCCCUUUGACUUCGAUGGGAACCAGGCUGGGCGCUGAAUGAUUUAAUGUGAAGGAUCUGAUGGUGUAGAGCGGAGACCAGCUGAGAGAAGGGACCAGCAAGAGGGCCUUCACAGGGGAAGAUUCACCCCUGUGCAGAGGGCCUGGACACAGCCUAUGCAACUCUUACAGGUAGGUCCCAUGGGAGCUCUAUUUUGAGGGUAUCUGUGGGACUCAAGUGGUGCCUAGGCCCGGGUCUCUCAUGCCAAGUGGAUUAGACUUGGGCAAGUUUUGGCCCCACAUAUGCAACACGUCCACUGCAUGUGAGCACUGUAUGAGACAUGCUUGUUGUAGGUCUCCAGUGUGCGACAGUACAGUGUAGACAUGCUGUCUAUUCUGUGUGGUUGACCCAGAGCCAUGGCAGGGUUGAAUCUGUCCAUAGGAGGCUGAGUUUUUGCAUUUCAUUAACACCCCAUGCUGGACACCUGCUGUGCAUGCUGGCAGCACAUGGAUGCUGCCUGGCAGCUGGCUACAAGCAUAUGCCAUGUACUGUAGGCAGGCUGCACACGUGCAGUCUCAUGCACUUUCCCUCAUCCCCAGUGCUGCACUCAAAAGCCAUAUACUGCACACCAGCCACACAUGUGCUGCAUGAUGGGUGACUACAAAUGCUGCAUGCUGCACUUAUAUGCCAUGGACUGCCCAAGGCCUACUGGCAGCACCGGUGCGGCUGGCUCUACGUGCUGCAUGCUGGUUUCCUGCAGUCACAUGGAGAUGACAGCAUCCUGCACGGUCCUGAAGUUUUAAAGUUAAAUUAACCUUAGAGAAUGAUACACCCCUCAGCCCUGUGUUCUCCAUGUAUACCCCCCCCCCACGCCGAGGCCCGGUAACAACGGGGUGUUCCACAGGGAAUGUGGAGGAGGAAUUCUUUACUGCUUCUUCUGCUCCAGCACCCUGGUGGGGAUCUCUGGAGAGCAGGGGUCCACACUCACUGUCCUCCCUUGGCCUGCUCCUGCCCCUGUCCCCAGGCCUCACUGUGCAUGCUGUCUUCGCAAGCUCCCCAAGCCCUGUCUUUC